AUAUCCGGUCAUAGGCUUCAAAUAAUAAUGUCCGGUGCAAACCUCUGAUAUCUCUAUCCAUCUCCUAUAUCGAUGUACACAUUUUUCCUGUCGGUACUCGCGUUUUGAACCAUAUUGUUGAAAUAUUUCUUGUUGUACACAGUUUUAAAAUAUAUCUUCAUAACGACCGAAGCUGCUGCUAUGUGCUCAACGUUAGCAUUUAGCCACUCAGCAUGUAAACAAUACGAUGAAGACGAUUGAAGGUUCCGGCUGACACACGGAGACAAGCCAUCUGUAGCACCAACCGAAAGAAGUGGGUUUGCUGUAGUUUCAUUAAGGUUCGUGUCUCCUAUGGAGUCACUCAACACGUUUGAAUCUGAAAUGGAGGCUGACGGACAGGGGAACUACUCUCUGUUUCCUGCUCUGGACAGCAUUGCGAGUCUGUCUGGGACCAAUGAAACUCUGGAGAGUGAAAUAGCAGAGAAGCCUAAUCUCACAUGGCUUGAUGCUGCGCAGAUUGUGUUGGAAGAAGCUGGACGUCCCAUGCAUAUUAAGGAGAUCAAACAGAGAAUUAUUGACAGAGGACUUGUUCAAUCCAAUGCAAAAUCAAGCCUGGAGGCUGUCAUGUACCGUGAGACACAAAAAGGCAGCAGGAGAUUCAAGAGGAUUGAGAACAGAAAUGGAGUCUUUGCACUGCUGACUAGCGAGGAGCGACAGCAGGCCCUGCAGACCUUUACUGCCCAGUCUUUCCUCAGCUCCCCACAGCAGAACACCAUCUCCAGUUCUGGUUCGGGUGCCUCUGCACCCGCCUUCCCAUCCCCCACCAGUUCCUCAGAGCAUAAGACCAAAGUGAAGAGAGGUCCACGAAAAAACCAGAAUGAAAAGUACCGACUCAAGUACCUUAGACUGCGUAAAACUGCCCGUGCCAUGAUAUUUGAGAAUGCAGCUCUCUGUGAUGAAGUUGCCCACUUAGAAGAGAAGUUUCUGAGAGCAAAGGAGGAGCGGAGGUUUUUACUGAAGUCACUGUUGCAGUACCAGUCUUUGUCAGAGGGGGAGAUACUGCCACCACCUAGCACAAGCUGUCAUCCACCUGUGCCGCCUGUGGCUGCAACCUCAGGUCCUGCAGGGGCUUCAGCCCUGUCUGGGGGGCACAACAUAGUGCCAGCAGUGGUGUCAACAGGGGAAGACGGACCACUUAAAAAACCAAAGAAGGAAAGGAAAGAGCGAGGCAGGGAAAAUGGAAAGGAGGAACUUCCUAAGAAGAUGUCCAAGAAGAGAAAGCUGGCAGACGGGUCUCGGAGGCUGGUGCAGCCCAUCCCGCUGGACUCGUCUGGUCGUCCCGUCUUUCCCAUCGUACUGGGAGGUUUAACAGUCUACAGUCUGGGAGAGAUCAUCACAGACAGGAUGUUGUUCCAUGAUGAGUGUGCGAUCUACCCAGUGGGCUUCUGCAGCACCCGAGUCUUUGCCAGCAUGAAAAACCCCGACCAACAGUGCCUCUACACCUGCCAAAUCAAGGAUGGGGGAACAGGUCCACAGUUUGAGAUUGUGCCUGAAGAAGAUCCUCAGAAUGCCAUCGUAGCCUCCUCUGCCCUGACAUGCCACUCAAAUCUACUGAAGGCCAUCGCAUCGGUCAGUUCCAAGUCUGUGGCACCCAUUGUGCCGUCAGGAGCAGACUUCUUUGGCUUCUCACACCCAACCAUCCAAAACCUCAUCCAGAGUUGUCCUGGAGCACGCAAAUGUAGCAACUACCGAUGGAUACGUUUUGAGGUGUGUCGCCCUGGUGACGGACAGGUUCCUCACAGCCUAUCAGAGGAUGAUGCCUCCGUCAACUUUGAGGCCUAUCAGAGACACCAGGGCUUUCACGAGAGCAUCAAAACAGAACAUAUUACAGGACAGACGCCGCAGUCUCCCAGCUCCUCUCUUCAGCACCACCUGACCUCCCCCACCAUGAAGCCCUCUACCUCAUAUUACAGCUCCUGAUUCUGAAAUCAGGGUCAAACAUGAUUGUAAUCCUCGUGAACUUUUCUCCUUCAUCUUUCUGCUUUUUU